AUGGCCUCGCAAUCCUUGGAAUCGUCCAAGGACGAUUUAGCCUCCCACCAGGGCGGUACUCCUCACGCGGCUCGCGGAGCCAGCGCAACCCCGCCACCCUCAGCCUGGUUCCCACUAGGUUACAGAGAAGGCUUCAGUCAAUGGUGGUCGUGUCUGCCGGCUGCCGCAGCCGAGCAUAAGGUUCUUUCAUACUUGCCCUACCUUCAACAUGAACCCCCUACGCAUUUGCAAACCGGAAAAACGAGUAAUCUCGCAAGUGGCGAACCAGGGAGCCUACAAUCAGCCGAUCACAGCCAGGAGGGCGAGGUAGCGGCCAAUUCACUCAACGAUCCUUAUGGCCCUCGGAGGUGGCGCUCCAGCAUGGUCGAGCUAAGCGGCAAAAAUCGAGCUCUCAACGAAUUCUCCGUCGAACGAAUUGGGGAGGAAGCAAACCAGCACUUGGUUAUGAUCCAUGGAUAUGGAGCCGGGUUGGGCUUCUUCUACAAGAAUUUUGAGCCUUUGAGCCGACUGAAAGGGUGGCAACUACAUGCGCUAGACUUGCUGGGAAUGGGCCGUAGCACACGGCCGCCGUUCCGUAUCAAGGCGAAAGACCGUGAAGAUGCCAUCAGAGAGGCGGAGGCUUGGUUUGUGGACGCCCUGGAGGAAUGGCGCAUCAAACGCAAAAUCGAUCGCUUUACUUUGCUCGGCCACAUUGGAAUUCCAGAAGACCCAUAUGCUGUGUCGGCAGAUAUGCCGUCCGAGUCCACGAUGGCCACCGAAUUCUCCCAGGAUCAACGCAACAUCGCAGACUCAGCUUCAUCAGUGCCACCCGAGACAAUUCAGAAAGGUGACAACAAUAUCCUCCUGAAAGGCCCACCGACAGGUAGUGCUGCUCCCGAUCAGCGUCCCCGACGGAUGGUUCCCAAGUGGUUUGCCUACCUUUGGGAUGCCAACAUAUCUCCCUUCAGUUUAAUUCGCUGGGCGGGUCCCUUAGGCCCGCGACUUGUAUCAGGCUGGACGUCCCGGCGAUUUUCUCAUUUACCUGCAGACGAGGCCAAGGCCCUCCAUGAUUACUCGUAUUCGAUCUUCAGUCAACGGGGCAGUGGAGAGUAUGCGCUCGCAUAUAUUCUCGCCCCUGGUGCCUUUGCACGCAGCCCUCUAAUCAGACGCAUUCAAGGGGUGGGAAGACAGAUGCUUCAGACGCCCUCAUCCUCUACGCAAGAAUCUACACAAUCCAUAGAGUCAUCUCGCCAGAACUUGCCCCAGCCCGACUCUACCAUAGCUUCAGGCUCGUCUUUGUCAACGCCCGCCAAGCGCGAAAACGGUCUCCCCAUAGUCUUCAUGUAUGGCGAUCAUGACUGGAUGGAUGUGAAAGGUGGAAUGGCAGCAAAAGCCAAGCUUGAUGCAGAGAAGCGCAAGGUGCUUCAGAACGCAACCCCGGAAGAGCGAAAUGCGGACCACGGCUCAGCCAAGGUUGUGGUCAUUAAGAAUUCGGGCCACCAUGUCUAUUUGGAUGGAUGGGAAGAGUUUAACAGCUUGGUUCUGUCCGAGAUGGAAGACGUGGAUCGCAAGGCUGCACAAUAA